UUCCCGCCAUACACACCAACAAAACCAGAGCGUCGUUCCUUCCACUGCACACGCACCCCCCCUGAUCUUCGUAUCUCAUCUCCCCCUUCGCCGGCGUGCCAUGACGACGACGACGCGCCCUUGCGCCGCCGUGACCGCGUUCCUGCUCCUACUCCUCCUCUCGUCCGCCGCGGUGUCCCUGGCGGCCAAGACCGCCGGCAAAGAGAGCAAGCAGGCGGCCGCGACGAGCGUGUACGUGGUGAUGGUGAAGGCCCCCGCCCAGGGCGUCAACUACAAGGCAUACCAGAUGCGCAUCCUCGCCACCGCGCUCGGCAGCGAGGAGAAAGCCAAGCAGGCGCUGAUCUACAGCUACAAGGCCGUCGCCAGCGGGUUCGCCGCCAAGCUCACGCCGGAGCAGGUCGCCGCGUUGAAGAAGCAUCCUGCCGUUCUGCAGGCGCUGCCUGAAGUGAAGUACAGCCUUCAGGACAACCGCCUCACCUGAACCGAGCGAGUACUUUCAGACCGUCACCAGCAAGAUACAUACCUACAUACUUCAGCACCUGCCAUCUUCACCGUGUAUUACUAUCUCGUAAUUAUGUGCAUAUGUUAGCAAGUGUGUGCACACACCAUAGGUGUCUGACAGUAGAACAAGUUACAUGAUCAGAAUUUAUCCGAGUAUACAGCAUGUGUGUACUAGUGAAGGCAAUUUAUCCUCUUCAUAAAUACUGAAUGUUGUACAUGUAAUUCCAAGCAUCAAGUGCCAUACAUUUAUAUAUACAAACUGGUUGAUAUCACCAUGCUGAA